CUCAGAACCACCAGAACCGCCAGAAACAGUACCAGAACCAGAACCAGAACCAGAACUGCUGCCACAGUCCAGCUGCUGCGUUUCAUCCAUCUUCAUCAUCCCAGCCAAACUGUAUUCUGUGGAAAUGGCUGCUCUCAACGAUGAACAGUUGUUCGACAUCCUUCCAUCUUUUCAGAUGCACCAGACCUUUAUAAAUUGUCCGCCAAAGCACUUUCCGACCGGCAGUGCUGAGAAUCAUGAUUCCACUCCUGAUGUCAACCAUAACAGUAACAACACUACUACAAAUGCCAACACUAGCAGCAUAGUUGUAUUGCCAGAUUACCAUUCAAUCAACAACUCCCAGCUUAGAAGAAUCUCAAAUGCUAGCUCAAUUGAUUCCACCAACUCAAGCACCUCUGUUAGCUCGACCGACUCAAUCGACGUCCUUGAUUCCUCUAUCGAUUUCGAUACCAUCUUAUCCCUAAAGAAAUUAAACAAUCCCUUUAUCAAACUAUCAGUGAUCUUGUUGUCCCAUCCCAACAAAGUCAUCGAAUUCGACAGCAAAUCCAUCCUAUACGGCUAUGUAAUACUCGAAAAUACCUCUCGAAAACCCAUUACUUUUGACAACUUCUACAUCUCCUUGGAAGGCCAUAUCGUUAUCCAAAAGACGUCUACCAAACUAAUAACCAAAAAUUUCCUUAAAAUGGUAGAUCUAAGUGGUUCCUGGUCCUAUGGCUAUAUAAAGCCCUCGCUAAAUAAACUAUCUUACUCCUUUGGUCUGUACCAAUAUAACACUAAAAACCCUCUCACUCAUAAACUAGAAAACUAUUACCUAGGUUUACCCUCAAAUAGAAUCCUUUUGCCUUACACCAAAUAUAAAAAAAACUUCUUAUUCAAAUUCCCUUCUUCUCUAUUGGAUAACUCUUGCCGUCAUAGUAUCCAAUCCCAUUUAUCUUUGCCUCCAUCUUUUGGCAUCAACAACCACCAAAUCCCAAAUUUUAAUGAUUUGUCCCCGAAUAUUAUAUCAGGUAUCGAUUAUAUCGAUAACCUUAACGGUACCUCCAUUUUGACUAAAGAUUAUAACCAUAACAACUGUAUCUAUUAUUUAAUCAACGCUAAAUUGAUCCAGUCUCCCUCAAACACAAAAAAUGACUACUAUAAACCUCCAACUACUCAAAUCACUAAAAAUUCACAAUAUUACCUAAGAUUCAUUCCCUCACUACCUUCUCCAACUGCUGAUUCAAUCUCAAUUCUAAACUCCAAUUUUAACACUUCAACCACUAUUAUCCAAUUGGAAAAUUUUUACACCUCGCUAUUAGAAGCAAAACAAAACAUUCUUAAAAUUAUUAACUAUAAUCAAAAUCAAAAUCAAAAUCAAAAUCAAAACCAAAAUUCUUCUCUCAAAGACGAAGCUUUAGUUGCUCAAAAGGAAUUGGAACUAUCUCAAUUGAAAUAUCUAGAUUUCUUCCAUAACCACAACACCGAUGGAGAAAACCCAUACCAUCCUUAUCCUACUACUAAUGCAUCUAAUGUCGAAGAAAAAUCCUACUACACUACAUCUGAGGUUGAAGUCCAAAUUCCGAUUAAAUUGUUUCCAAGAAAUUCGAUUAAAUUAUCAAAAACACAAAUCAGCUCAAUUAACGCUAGGAUUAAAUUGCCAAAAUACCAUCUACCUUAUAUCUAUCCCAAAAUUCUUCACAAGAAUAAGCAAUAUAAAUACGACAUUUCAAAUCCAGCAAAAAACCCAAAGAGCUUUGUGUUUUUUUUAAAUUUUCCAAAAGAGUUGAUGAAAUUGCCUAAAAUCGAAAAAAUCAAUUUAAAUUUAGUUGCGUUAACUAUAUCAUCAUUAAGAUCUGUCCCAAUUAGCUUUUCCCCCUCGAUUUUUAUGAACUCAUAUUUCAACUCGUACUCAACUAAGAUUCAAAAAUUUCACAACGAAUUAAACCAUUCAAUUAUCGAAAAAUUGCCAUCGGAUAUUCUUUACUUUGUUGAAGCACUCAGAAAAAUCAAAGUUGAAAAGGAUAUUUUUCCUAUUUUCAAUACGGAAAAUUUCGAAUCCUCAAUUGAACAAGACAAUAAUCAACUCAAAUGUUCAAUCAACUGGGACUUUAAGAAAAAUAUACCAAACCAUAAGACCAUUAUCCCCAGUUUUCAAACUUGCCUUGUUAGCAGAUUAUACUAUGUUGAAGCAAAUCUUAUUUUUGAUAAUAAGAUGUCAAUAAAAGUUCCUAUUCCUGUUACUGUUUGUGCUUAUUAAGAAUUCUAUUCCAAUAUUUUGAAUAUCUUUUAUUAUGUGUUUUGUUUUAUAAAUUUUUUUCAAGCCCUAUAGCUUUUUCAAACCCUAUUACUUU